AUGAGCACCACGACAGAAGUGACCAAGCUGCAACCUCGAUCUAGAAAAAUUAGCGCGCCAGAUGCCACACACCGAGAAGUCGCAACAGCCGGCGACAAGCGCCUAGUUGCCCUAUAUGGAGGAGACGAGAUGACUGACACCUUCAACGAUGUACGUUUCCGUACUUUCGUGAAGACAGCGGCCAACGGCGAAACGAAUUCGGCGCGUGCAAAAGUGGCUAGGUGUGGAGAAAGAUGCCGACGACUGGGGUUGGGAAUUGAGUUCGGCUGGACUCAUCUCCAUUACCAGUCGGAAAGCCCCUUCCCCACCAGAGCUCCUGAAACUCCUUUCUUGCAAAUGCAAGGAGGGAUGCAGAGGUGGCUGCGCACUUGCCUAAAAGCGGGGCUCAAAUGUUCUGUGAUGUGUGCUACCUGCUCUGAGGAAACGUGCCAGACCGCUGCCCUUAUCAUCAUCGAAGAGGAUGACGAUGGCGAGAGUCAAGAGAACACUAACGAGCCCCAAGACAACCAUGACGCCGACGAUCCACCUAUAGUGGGGGACCUACCCGCCGAAGAGUCUAUCGAAAGUGACGGCCCAGGGCCAUCAAAAACAAGGCGACGAUUUUGA